UAUUCAACGACAUCCCAACCUAGCCAGCAAGUGGCUCCGGUAUUUGAGCAGCUCUCGACAGCUCUCUCACGCCCGAACCGUGUUACCUUCGUUUCGGUCGACACCAAUGAGCAGAAAGAUGUCGCCCAGGCUUACAGGAUUACCUCGCAGCCGACAUUCAUUAUCUUCCGCAACGGCAAGGUCGCCGAGAGAGUCCAAGGCGCUGAUCCCACGAAACUCCAGGCAGUAGUCAAGAAGCUCAGCGACGAAAUUCAGAGCUUGGGCACCAGCGGCGCGGAAGCAAGCGGCAAUGGUAGCGCUAGCAGCAGCGGCUAUUGGAGAGGUGCCGAGCUGCCCCGUAACCACACCGACAUCACGGACCAAAUCGAACUGCAGCGGUGCGAGCUCUUGAACUAUGACCCAGAGGCCGGGAACGUGCGGGUGCUGUUUGACGCCGCAAAGCCCAGCGCGCUGUCAGGAGGGAAAGGCACCGCCAAGGACUGGGUCGAGAGCGACACGGACGAACAACUGCUGCUCUUUAUGCCCUUCCAGUCUAUGCUGAAGCUGCACACUCUUCAGGUGAGUUACGUUGCCGACGACGACGAUGAUGAAGACGUCCCCAUGAGACCGCGCACCAUCAAGCUCUUCACUAACAAGCCACACAACCUUGGGUUCGAUGAGGCGGAGGAUCUGAGUGCGACGCAGGAGAUCCAGCUCUCCGAGAAGGACUGGAAUGCUGAAGGCACUGCCAACAUUCCUCUACGGUUCGUUAAGUUCCAGAAUAUCACCAGCUUGGUGGUGUUCGUCGUGGAUGGAGAUGGGGAGGGCGAAAAGACGAGGUUGGAUCGGUUGAGGUUGGUCGGAGAUGCUGGGGAGAAGCGGGAAAUGGGGAAGCUGGAGAAGAUUGGCGACGAGCCUGGCGAGUAG